AUGAAAUUGAAGCCUAUAUCGAAAGACAUGGGUGCCAAUAAAAAAAGAGAAAGAAAAAAAGAGAAAGAAAAAGAAGAGAAAGAAAAAGAAGAGAAAGAAAAAGAAGAGAAAGAAAAAGAAGAGAAAGAAAAAGAAGAGAAAGAAAAAGAAGAGAAAGAAAAAGAAGAGAAAGAAAAAGAAGAGAAAGAAAAAGAAGAGAAAGAAAAAGAAGAGAAAGAAAAAGAAGAGAAAGAAAAAGAAGAGAAAGAAAAAGAAGAGAAAGAAAAAGAAGAGAAAGAAAAAGAAGAGAAAGAAAAAGAAGAGAAAGAAAAAGAAGAGAAAGAAAAAGAAGAGAAAGAAAAAGAAGAGAAAGAAAAAGAAGAGAAAGAAAAAGAAGAGAAAGAAAAAGAAGAGAAAGAAAAAGAAGAGAAAGAAAAAGAAGAGAAAGAAAAAGAAGAGAAAGAAAAAGAAGAGAAAGAAAAAGAAGAGAAAGAAAAAGAAGAGAAAGAAAAAGAAGAGAAAGAAAAAGAAGAGAAAGAAAAAGAAGAGAAAGAAAAAGAAGAGAAAGAAAAAGAAGAGAAAGAAAAAGAAGAGAAAGAAAAAGAAGAGAAAGAAAAAGAAGAGAAAGAAAAAGAAGAGAAAGAAAAAGAAGAGAAAGAAAAAGAAGAAAAAGAAAAAGAAAAAGAAGAGAAAGAAAAAGAAGAGAAAGAAAAAGAAGAAAAAGAGAAAGAAAAAGAAGAGAAAGAAAAAGAAGAGAAAGAAAAAGAAGAGAAAGAAAAAGAAGAGAAAGAAAAAGAAGAGAAAGAAAAAGAAGAGAAAGAAAAAGAAGAGAAAGAAAAAGAAGAGAAAGAAAAAGAAGAGAAAGAAAAAGAAGAGAAAGAAAAAGAAGAGAAAGAAAAAGAAGAGAAAGAAAAAGAAGAGAAAGAAAAAGAAGAGAAAGAAAAAGAAGAGAAAGAAAAAGAAGAGAAAGAAAAAGAAGAGAAAGAAAAAGAAGAGAAAGAAAAAAGAAGAGAAAGAAAGAAAAAAGAAAAAAAGAAAGAAAGAAAAAAGAAAAAAAGAAAGAAAGAAAAAAGAAAAAAAGAAAGAAAGAAAAAAGAAAAAAAGAAAGAAAGAAAAAAGAAAAAAGAAAGAAAGAGAAAAAGAAAAAAAGAAAGAAAGAGAAAAAGAAAAAAAGAAAGAAAGAGAAAAAGAAAAAAAGAAAGAAAGAGAAAAAGAAAAAAAGAAAGAAAGAGAAAAAGAAAAAAAGAAAGAAAGAGAAAAAGAAAAAAAGAAAGAGAGAAAAAGAAAGAAAGAAAGAAAGAAAAAGAAAGAAAGAAAGAAAGAAAAAAAGAAAGAAAAAGAAAGAAAGAAAAAGAAAGAAAAAGAAAGAAAGAAAAAGAAAGAAAAAGAAAGAAAGAAAAAGAAAGAAAGAAAAAGAAAGAAAGAGAAAGAAAGAAAAAGAAAGAAAGAAAAAGAAAGAAAGAAAAAGAAAGAAAGAAAAAGAAAGAAAGAAAAAGAAAGAAAGAAAAAGAAAGAAAGAAAAAGAAAGAAAGAAAAAGAAAGAAAGAAAAAGAAAGAAAGAAAAAGAAAGAAAAAGAAAGAAAGAAAAAGAAAGAAAAAGAAAGAAAGAAAAAGAAAGAAAGAAAAAGAAAGAAAGAAAAAGAAAGAAAGAAAAAGAAAGAAAGAAAAAGAAAGAAAGAAAAAGAACUGGCGCACCAGCUGGUUUCACACGUACCACAUGCAGCACAAAGCCAGACAGUUGACAGUCCGUCUACUGUGCGGAGAGCAUAG